UAGGGAAGGGAGCGAGAGCGAGGGAGGGCUUAACUGCGCGUUGUGUGACGGGAUGGUGGCGGAGUGGGAAUUAGCGUCUUAUCGGUAACGUUAGCACUUUUCUGUGCUUAGGAAAGGUGUUCGUCCCCUGUGCCUGUUUCGUUGUCCGGCCAUGAAUGCGGGUGCUGUUUGGUAAAAGGAAAUUAACCGACAACGCGUAUUUCUAGUUGCCUCCUGUCCCGUGUUCACUAUUUGGCUGGUUUGUUAAUUUCGUUGAUUUUUAUCGCUUUUGGAUAAAUAAUUGAAGACUAGCUAGCUAAUUGGUUAGAGUAAAGGGCUGUUGCAUUCGCCCGGAGAGAGGUGUAGAGCCGAGAGGAGAGGGAGCGGCAAGUGGGGGAAACGGGAGAGCGGCCGAUGAGUUCGGAGCAGGGUGGUCAGCCGCAGCAGCAGGAGGAGGCCGAAUUGGGACCGGACACCCAAGGGGAGGGGGAUAAAACACCCAAAACCGGCAGAGAACAAGGCGACAUGGUGACCUCGAAGGGAGCCGGCCUGAACCCCAACGCUAAGGUGUGGCAGGAGAUCUCCGCCCUGCCCAGCGACGCCCCUGUCCCGCUCUCCGAUUGGUCACCGCCCAGUCCCACUGGCACCACUGAGGGUCACCCCGAGGCCCCGCCCACUGAAUGUAGUAAAUCCUACAUCAUUGGUCUUGACAGUGCUGGGGAGAGCGGUCCCUCCGCGCACCCUGAAGGAAGCGUCAACGGCGUGGACUCUCCAGACUUGGCGUUCUCCCCCCACGAGCCAGCGACUAGGCCGGAUGGCGAAGGGGAAGGGGAGCCGGCGCAGGAUCGGCCUGUCUCUGCGGAGAACCUGCGCGAGUCUCUGAAGAAACAGCUGGAGUUCUGCUUCUCCAGGGAGAACCUCUCCAAGGACCUAUACCUGAUAUCUCAGAUGGACAGUGACCACUUUGUUCCCAUCUGGACCAUCGCCAGCAUGGAGGGUGUCAAGGCACUGACCACGGAUAUGGACCUGAUUCUGGAUGUGCUGAGAGCCUCUCCUAUGGUCCAGGUGGACGAGAAGGGGGAGAAAGUGCGACCGAACCACAAACGAUGCAUCAUCAUUUUGAGGGAGGUGCCCGAGACCACGCCCGUGGAGGAAGUCGAGGCCCUUUUUAAAAGCGACGAUUGUCCGAAGGUGCUAAGCGUGGAGUUCGCACACAACAACAAUUGGUACAUCACAUUCCAGUCGGACACCGACGCCCAACAGGCAUACCGGUAUUUAAGGGAAGAAGUGAAAACGUUUCAGGGAAAACCCAUCAUGGCUCGGAUAAAGGCCAUCAACACCUUCUUUGCUAAGAACGGUUACCGCAGCCUGGAGGGUGCUGCGUUCUCUCAGCAGACGCAGUCCCCGUCACAGUACAGCUCGCCCGUCUACAUGCAGCAGGUCUACAGCCCGCAGCAGCAGUACCCCCUCUACGGCAUCGUCCCCCCGACCUGGCCUUCCUCCCCAACGCCGUACUUCGAGACCCCCCUGGCGCCGUUCCCGAACAGCGGCUUUGUGAACGGCUUCGGCUCGUCCGGGGGCUACAAGAUCGGCGGCGGCUCCCUCGGCGUCGGCGGCCGGCCCUUUCCCCGCGCCCGUGUCCCGCUUUAUUCAAGAAAGAAUGUAAUAAAUGCCUUCAGGAACCACGUGAAGCCUCACCCGAGGCCCGGCGACGGGGCCCCUGCCUCGGGGACAGCCGUGCCCCUGCUGCCGGGGCUGGGAGGCCCGGUCCUGGGCCCGUCCGAACCCAGCCCCUCCUACCCUCCGAGAGACGGGCACCUCUCUCCCACCGAGGCCAACGGCGACGCCGGCGGGGCGGGGCGGGGCAGAAGAGGCUCAUAUCGAGGCAUGAGGAGGAGGAGAGAGGAGGAGCGGACUGCUAGGCCGCCGCCCCUCGCCGAGACCCAAGCCCCGCCCCCCAAGUUCGACCUGGCCUCCUCCAGCUUCCCGCCGCUGCCGGGCUGCGUGGCGAGCGCGCGGGGCGAGCCGGCGCUGGAGAACCGCCUCUCCGACGUGGUGCGCGGUCUGAGCCGCCCCAAGCCGGAAGUGAAGGAUUCUGCCUGCAGUUCCUCCGGCGCCCAGGAGGAGGCGCCGUGCGUCCCCAGCCCUUCCCAGCCGGUCUGCAAACCCGUUCCACCCGCUUCUGAUCUCCCCGCUGCCAGCAGUGUUUCCCAUCAUGACUCAAAGCUGGAAAAGCCUGAUGUCCAGAAAGCAACCAUACUUACACCGGGCCCUGCCCCUGGCCCCGCCCCCGUGUCCCCUCAGCCCAGCCAUGCCCAGUCAGGCCCCGCCCCUAAACCCUGGAGCUCCUCCUCCUCUGCUCCCAUAGUGCCCGCCCCCAGCUCCACACCUGGGCCGGAGCUGCGCAAGCUGAGUUAUGCGGAGGUGUGCCAGAGGCCCCCGUGCAGCCCCUCCCCCGCGGCCGUGCAGCCCCUCCGUGAGCUCCGCGCCAACAAGGCAGAGGACUCCGCCCCCGGCCCCACCCCCAACGGACCCUGCCACAGGCCCGACAUCCCCCCCGCGGACAGAUCCGGAGAGGGCCGGCCCUCCCGAGCGGGCGGGGCCCCCAGGGCGGGGCCCGCUGGCCUCAAGACCCGAGAGCAACAGAGACGCCCCCCCGUGGCAGGACACGGGUCCCCUCUGCGGGCCCCCCGGCGGGGCAGCAAGGAGCAGAACAUCCCGCCCAAAUCGCCAAAGUGAAAGCGGAGGAACUGAGUGCAGGGAAAUACGAAUAUUACACACAGAUAUAUGCAUAUAUACAGGAGGCCAGAGAGAGGGGUGGAGAGAGAGAGUGUGUGUGUGUGUGUGUGUGCGUGUGUGUGUGUGCGUGCGUGUUGUCAGGCGAGAGCUGCUGGAAGCAAG